CCCCGCGGUUGCGCCUCUGCCCUGGCCGUGCAUCCCGGUUGCCCCGAGCCGCUUUCACCAAGGAGAGCCUGGCGCAUCCGGCCGGGUCCGCGGGCAUCUGCUGCGUGUCCCACUCCGGACUCAGCGCCUCUGCUGUCGCCGGCGCUGCCUCGAUGUUCCAGCUGCCUAUCUUGAAUUUCAGUCCCCAGCAAGUGGCCGGGGUAUGCGAGACUCUAGAGGAGAGCGGCGACGUGGAGCGCCUGGGUCGCUUCCUCUGGUCGCUGCCUGUGGCCCCUGCGGCCUGCGAGGCGCUCAACAAGAAUGAAUCUGUGCUGCGCGCUCGAGCCAUCGUGGCCUUUCACGGUGGCAACUACCGCGAGCUCUACCAUAUCCUGGAAAACCACAAGUUCACCAAGGAGUCGCACGCCAAACUGCAGGCGCUGUGGCUCGAAGCUCAUUACCAGGAGGCUGAGAAGCUGCGUGGACGGCCCUUGGGGCCGGUGGAUAAGUACCGCGUGAGGAAGAAGUUCCCGCUGCCGCGCACCAUCUGGGACGGCGAACAGAAGACACACUGCUUCAAGGAGCGCACGCGGCACCUGCUGCGGGAAUGGUACCUGCAGGACCCCUACCCCAACCCAAGCAAAAAGCGUGAGCUCGCCCAGGCAACCGGACUGACCCCUACGCAGGUGGGCAACUGGUUCAAAAACCGCCGGCAAAGGGAUCGGGCAGCUGCAGCCAAAAACAGACUUCAGCAGCAGGUCCUGUCGCAGGGGUCCGGCAGGACGCUAAGGGCGGAGGAAGACGGCACGCCCGAGGUGCUGGGUGCCGCCGCCAGCCCGGCCGCCAGCCUGUCCAGCAAGGCAGCCACUUCGGCCAUCUCCAUCACUUCCAGCGAUAGCGAGUGCGACAUCUGAGUUGCCCACCAAUUACACUAAAAAACAGAAUUCGGCGU